AAAAAUAAGCAUAGCAGAUUGAGUUUUCGAACGAAAGCAAAACGUCAACGCUGUUCAAUCCAUAGACAAUAUUCUAUAACCCUUCUUUCCGGAUUCAAGAUGCCGCCCAAGAAGGACACUAAGGCUUCGGCCAAGCAGCCCCAGAAAACACAGAAGAAGAAGGAAGGUUCCGGUGGCGGUAAAGCCAAGAAGAAGAAGUGGUCCAAAGGAAAAGUUCGUGACAAGUUGAACAACCAGGUGUUGUUUGACAAACCCACAUAUGAGAAGCUGUACAAGGAAGUGCCCCAGUACAAGCUCAUCACACCCGCUGUUGUCUCUGAAAGGUUGAAGGUCCGAGGUUCUCUUGCGAGACGUGCCCUCAUCGAGCUCAGAGAAAAAGGUCUAAUCAAACAGGUAGUCCAACACCACGGACAGGUGAUCUACACUAGAGCCACCAAGGGCGAUGACCCAGUCGCAUAAGUUUAUGUAUAAGUAAAAAAUAAAAAAAAUCUAAAAAA